ACGCGCAUCUUCGCGGUGUACGUACAGCACGAGCAGCAGCUGCUGCUGCUGCUCGACAGGCACCGGAAGCUGCUGCAGCAACAGCAGCAGCAGCAGCAGCAGCAGCAGCAGCAAAAGCUGCUGCUGGAGAAGCAAGAGGGAGCCAGACGCCAGCGAAAUAACACCCAGGAGACGCAACUGCAGCAGUGCACUGCGGAGCAGCAGCAAGAGCUGCAGGAGCUGCAGCAGCAGCAGCAGCAGCAGCAGAAACGCCUGGAGGAGCAGCGGCUGCUGCACCAAGGCCUUCAUGGGCGCCCAGGGGAGAUAGACAUGGAUUUGUUAGCUGCUGCUGCUGCUUUUCCUAAUGCUGCGCUGCUGCUGCUGCAGCAGCUAGCAGAUGAAAUACCUCACAAGCUACGGUACUUUGAGCCGCAGCAGUUAUGCUGCUGCAGCAGCAGCUACGUGCUGCUGCUGCGGUCUUUGCUUCCAGCAGCAGCAGCAGCACCGGUGGUGUUUGCUCCUCCGGAUGCUGCAGCAGCUAUCGCUAAACCCCCUGCUGCUGCUGCGCUCCCUGCUGCUGCUACUAUUCGCCGAUGUCUCCCGUUGCUGCUGCAUGAAAUGCAGCAAGCAGCUCUUGAUCUGCUGCCAGUCGCAGAUGGGCGUGCUGUGACGUCUCUGAUGCAGUCGUUUGCUGCUGCUGCUACCCUCAGCAGCAACAGCAGCAGCAGCAGCAACAGCAGCAGCAACAGCAGCAGCCUGUUUCAUAGAGUGAUGACGGCUCUGGCAGACCGCGCGCUGCUGCUGCAGAAGAAGUAUUCGCUCUCGCAGCAGCAGCAGCUGCUUGUUGUGCAUGCACUGGCAGUAGCGGAGAUCAGCCACCCUGGGGCACUGCAGCUUGCUGCUAGUGCUGCUGCUGCUGCUGCUGGACAAGACAGCAGCAGCAGCAGCGACUAUGGUGAAGAUGCAGAGGAAAAUGAAGAUCCCAGCAGCAGCAGCAGCAGCAGCAGCAGCAUCUGUUUGCGCUUGCUGCUGUCGACCUGCGUUCGUAAGGGUGCGAGCUGCCCCUUGCCGCUGCUGCAGCAAUGUGAGCAGCAAGCGCUGCAGAUGUGGCAGCAGCAGCAGCAGCAACAGCAGCAGCAGGAAGACGAACUCAGUAGAGACCGUACUCUGCUUCUCGCUAAGGCCCUUCAGCUGCUGUACAGGGCCCCACAGUGCAGCACAGCAUUUGCUGCUGCUGUUGCUGCCCAGCUGCAGCGCCUGCUGCAGCAAGUGCAGCAGCAGCAGAAGCAAGCCCUCAACAGCAGCAGCAACAGCAGCAGCAGCAACAGCAGCAACCACGCUCUGGCAUACUUAAGCCCACAACUGCUGCGGGUUAUGACGCGAGCUGUAUGUACACUGCAGCAACGCUUCCUCAUCCCCGCAACACUCCAGCAGCAGCCACCAGAAGCUGCUGCUGCUGCUGCUGCAGUUGCUGCUGCUGGCGAAGAGGGAGGAACGGAAGCAGCGCAGACCGACGCAGCAGCAACAGCAGCAGCGGAGAGAUCAGGUACUGCUGCUGCAGCAACUGCUGCAGCACCAGCAACAGCUGCAGCAACAGCAGCAGCAGCAACGGCUGCAGCAGAGGAGAUGGGGCUGCGCAUUGUUGAUAUAUGUGCUGCUGUGGUGCAGCAGCUGCUCCGAUGCACUGAGUCCUUCUCGCGGGAGGUUCGUUUGGCGCUGCUGCUGCCUGUCGUGCUGCAGCAGCAGCUGCUGAGUGCAGCAGCAGCAGCAAACCCCACACUCGCGCAGCGAAGUGACUGGACGCAUCAGCAGCAGCAGCUGCUGCUGCUCAAACACAAAUUAUUUGCUUCGGCUGCUGCUGCUGUUGGCAGCGUGCAGCCGCUGCAGGUCGCCCUCAUCGGGAAGGCGCUUGCUGUUGAAGCCCAGCAGCAACAGCAGCAGCAGCAGCAUCUGCUGCUGCCCCACCAGCAGCAGGAAGGCAGCUUAGAGAGGCAGCAGCUGCUGCGGCGUGUGCUGCGGCGCAUGCGCAGCACAAUACCCCAGCAGCAGCAAGCGGAGUGUCUCGCUACCAAGGCCACGCUGCAGCAGCUGGUGGCUUGCGGUUUGCUGCAGCAGCAAAGCAGCAGCAGCAGCAGCAGCAGCAGCAGCAGCAAGCAGCCGAAAGACUUGCGCGUGUACCACGCGCUGCUGCAUGCAGUUAAUCUGCGUCUAGGACAGCUAGCAAACCAACAGCAGCAGCAGCAGCAGCAGCAGCAGCAAGAUGAUGAUGUCUUUGAACCCCUGCGUGGGGUGUCUCCUCUCUCCCCAGCAUAUGUCUUACAGAAGAUGCGGCAGCAGAAGCUGCUGCCAGCAGCAGACGAAGCAGAGCAGCAGCAGCAGCAGCAACAGCAGCAAGAGGAGAAGAGACAGUUCAGAGAUUCGCUAGAAGAGCUCGCUGCACGCACAGACCUGCGGCUGCAGCAGCUGCAAGAGCAGCAUUUGCUGCGUGCUGCAGAGACACCCCAAGGCAGCAGCAGCAGCAGCAGCAGAAGCAGCAGAAGUACGGGCGCCUCAGUAGCGGAGCUGCUGGCUGAAGACAACCACGUGCUGCACCAGCUCGAAGACGAGUACGCAUAUGCUGAUGCACAGCAGCUGCAGCAGCAGCAGCAGCAGCAGCAGGGUGCUGCUGCAGCAAAAGCCCAAGUCGGCAGGCAGCUACGCGGUAAGCGCGCCCGAAGAGCCUUGGCAGCAAGUACACAGCAGCAGCAGCAGCAGCAGCAGCAGGAGUCUGCGGGCUCCAGCAUUUCGCCAAGAGCAGCAGCAGAAGCAGCAGCAGCAGCAGAAGCAGCAGCAGCAGCAGAAGCAGCAGCAGCAGCAGAAGCAGAAGAGCUGAUAGGAGACAGUCGGCUGCUGGUGAGGAGUGAGGUGCUGCGAGCGAAGUUGCUGCAGCACGGAGACAGUCUGUCGACUCUCCCUUUUGUAGAUGUAGAUGAAUACACCCCAACCAAGAGGUAG